CUAUUGGAAAGUGCUGACGACUUGAUGGCAGAUGAUCCUCACACACCUCCUGAAGAUUUUGAAGAUGACACCUCAGAUGAACUUUAUAUACCUCCCAAAUGUUUUGAGCCUAUCAGUUCAGAUGACUCUGACUCUGAUAGUAAAAACAAUAUCAAGAAAUUAAAAACAGGCUUGGUUGAUACCAUAGAUGAAAGUGAAGACAGAUCAAGGUGCAAAGGAAGAUUUCCUUUGAAAAGAUCAAGAUUUAGAAGGAAACAUAUAAAACACAAGAAAAGCCACUUAUUAAGAGAAAAAAAAGAAAUUGAAAAAAGUGUUGAAAUACCAGUACUAAGAAAAAGAUGCCAAAAGCCUUCUGCAGGAGCAAAUUCCAUCAUUGGUUACUGGUACAUUGCUUCUGGCUUUACAAAGGACCUGACUGCUCUGUUCAAGGCUUUUAAUGAGCUGGAUAGCUGGAGAUUCAGUGCCUUUGCAUCCUGCUGGCAGAAGUUGAAGUUUUCCCUCAUAUACAGAGGACGUGAAAGUUUCAAAGAGCUGUUGGAGUUCACUGAAGAAAUUUGUUUCUGGACCAAGAAGUUUACGUCCCCGAUUCAUGACUCCAAGUGGAGAGUUGGGGCGCUCUAUACACUCUACAGCCUCUACCAUAAACACCCCCUGAAACAUACUUACAAGAUCAGGCUGGAGGUUGAUGAGUAUGAGCAUUUGGAAAAUCUUGCCAGAAGUUUUCAGAAUAGUGCAGAAAAUCCUGAUCCAGCUUACAUUUUCUACAAGUUGAAGGCUGAUGGAGUGUUGUAUUAUGUGGCCACAGCAGAUGAGAUGGGGCAUACCUUCUACUCGUCAGAGAGGCAGCAGGACGUCAUGAACUAUGAGGUGCAGUGGGUUCUUCGUGAGCACUCUGCCAACACCAUUUUUCCUGAGCAGGAUCGGAACAUUCAGAAGAUGCUCAUGGAAGAGUAUGAAAAUGUAAAAUCUCAGUUAUGGGGUAAGUCUUCAGAGCUCUUAAGAAUGUUUUCGUCCCCAAGGUAAGGUACUUUUACAAUGAAGAAUUAUUCAGAGCCAUAGAUAGGCACCACUACAUGUGUGUGCAGUACUCUUAUUCUAUUACAAUAUCUGUGAUGCUGUUGAGAAAAAAAGGCUGUUCCUGUCAAAGUGAACACUGUUAAAGUUAAAGGGUUUUUAAACAAAUUUAGAGUAAGAUAAUACAAGGCAACUAACCUUAGCACUUUUAUAUCUUUAUCAACCAUAACAUGUAUGGGGAGGUGGUGACUGAGUGGUUAGCAUGCCAGCGCCACGUCUGGGAGAUCCAGGAGGGACACUGGUUCGAAUCCUGGCCGCCACACAGCUGGGAUUUUUCAGUCACUGCCGAGUGGCCUAAGACUACCCACAUGCUGCCCUGAAGACCACCUAUCAACCCGGACUCUAGAUCACCUCUCCAAAGAGAGUCUGAAAGAUGAGCUCUGGGGGGCAGUAUGAGCCAAAAUAAGAUGGCACCGCUAUAAACACUCGCCUGCACCACAACGGGCUGGGGUGACCAUCAGGCCCCAUCAGUGAAAAAGCCUAAUGGCGCAAUAGGCCAUGACGUAAAAAAAAAAAAAAAAAAAAAAAAUAGUGCACAUCAUCAUCCCAUUUAUUUGCAUCAUUCAUUCAUCUUUGAUGCCUGCUCCUAGGAGCUCCUAGCAGGGGAUGGCCACAGCAGAAGAGUUUCCAUCUCUCUAUCCAGACACUCCUUCCUUACCUGCUGAAAGUUUCUCACAGACUGUUCACCCCUCUCUUAUAUAUUUGCAUCUAAUGUUUUCAAAGCUGCCAUUCUGUCACAGUGAAAGUAAAAUGCAAACAUAAUUAGUUUUCUCAAGGUUUACUGAUGCAUCACAUUUAGGAGCAUACAAGUUGACAUUAUCCAGUAUAGCCCGGGAUCGCUAAGUUUCAAGCCAGGUGGGCUGAUCAUUGCAUCAUAAUGCACCUGAUGAAACAGCAAUCAAGUAGGCAAAUUGCUGUGUGAAACUGUUUUACACCCCUGGCUAAAUUAAGAGUGACUAGAGUAACCUUCUUUAACCUCUAAAGGACAGGCUAGAGGCGAUUUUCUGCUCCUAAGCCUGUGCUGUGUCGAUAAAUUUUGGCGAAGUAGGUGCUCUUCAUCAAUACCCUGUGUGGCAAUUUCAGAUAAAUACGUAAUAGUUCAUAGUGCAUUUUCACCCUCAAUCUUUCAUCUACAUAAUGAAACAAACUAGACGUCCCCUUCCGCACCCCGCCUUUCUCCGCCCAAAC